AUGUUGAAAUAUCUGAAAUGUCUCGGACUUGAUGAUUGUAAAUUACUUGAGAAAUUACCGGAGGAUCUUGACCGAUUACAACAUUUAGAGCGGCUAGACCUAGGGGAGUGUACAAGCAUAAGUCGUCUUCCACAUGACAUUUGUUUGUUGAAAGGCGUGCGUAUUUCAGGAUUGAGAGACCUUCUUCAAUCUUGUUGUUUACAUCCAAGAUAA